UUCUCUGAGUAACAACACAACUUAUUUCCACCUGCCUCGUUCUGUUUAAAGCUAGUACUCCUCUGAAUUUCACACAUACCUUGACCUUUUGGAAAAACUACACCAUGAGUUCUGCUGUAGUCAGCUCCUGUUGUUACUGCACAGAAAACCUGGAUUACUUUUGACACGUAAAGAAAAACUGUUUAUUAUGAACUUAAGAAACCAGGAUGGCUUGGAGCUACCUAUUUGGAUUUAAAAACCUCUAAUGGAUGUCCCAGAUCUCCCCACACCUGGAAACAACGCAAAACAUGUCCAACAUGACAGUGGAGAAUGGCACUGCGCUGGACUUGAGUAACACGGCGUACGCUGUGGUGUUUGGAUCCGUGGUGGUGCUGGGUUUCCCUCUCAAUGCCGUGUCUCUGUGGAUUCUGCUAUGCUGCCACAGCCACAAAUCCCCGAGUACCAUCUUCAUGGUGCACCUGGCCAUCUCGGACCUGCUGCUCGUCAUCUCCUUACCCUUGAGGGUCUACUUCUACGCCACGGGGGACUGGACUUUUGGCAGCAUGGCUUGCAUGUGGGUCACGAUGCUCUUUCGCAACAACAUCCGCUCCAGCUCCAUCUUCAUGACCUUCAUCAGCGUGGAUCGGCUGCUGGCGGUGGUUUAUCCCUUGCGGUCGCGCCAUGUUCGGACCUCUUCCAACGCCUGGAAAGCUGUAGCGCUCGUUUGGGUGUUCGUCUUGAUGGUGAACGUCCCGGAGAGCCUGGCGUUUUCGAGAUUUUUACAAAAAGAAUCCACCUGUUUCGAAUUCAAGCAGCGCCAGUUAUCAGCUCUAUCCUACUUUCAGCCCGUGCUGGUGCUCACCAUGCUCGCAGUGAACGUGGUGUCCACUGCUCUGGUCUCUCUGACUCUCCGCAGACACCUGAAAGACUCGGCAAGGAUCUCCAACAAGGUGAACAUCAUGCUGAUUUUCGUCAUGAAUCUGAUGAUGUUCAUCGUGUUCUUCUUGCCCAUAUCGUUGGUUAUUUUCUUUGCAAAAUCGCAACACGCUUUCACUCCAUUGAUAUGCCUUGCCAGUGUGAACUGCUGCCUGGACCCUUUGUUUUAUUACUUCUCCUUUGAUGGUUUCUGGAAUAGAAAAGACGAUGUGGAUUCCUGUGGUGCGAGAGUGCAGGGCGUGAGAACAAUCGGGACCUGGCCGCAUUUGAGUGUGUGUGAGGACAAAGCCAAGAGACUGUAUUAUUGUAUACUUUACAAAUAAAAUGUUCACUUUGAAUCAAAA